GGUUUUAAAUAAGGGCCUUUAUGGUUCCAAUUAGUAGGCUUUGACUUAUGGAUUUUCUAAAUUAUGUUAUUUUAAAGACUUAAGUUUGAUUUUCCGCUGCGAUACUUUGAUAAAGCCUUAACGUUUUAACACGUGGCGGUAACAUGCCAAUGGUUCUCCUCUAUUUUUAUUUAAAGUAAGUGGUUUGGAAAAGGGAGAAUUAUUGGGGUGUUACAAGACGGCCGGGAGAGGGGUAAGGGCGGCGGCGCCGACUAUGGGUAAUUGGGUCUGGAGUUGACAAGUGGAGUGCUGGGGCGGUGUUUGGGGAUGUGGUGGUUUUUUUUUUUUUUUUUUUUUUUAAUUAAUCAGUUAAUAAUAAUACUUAUAUAUAUAUUUUUUAAAAAUUUUGACUAAUAACGUGGUGACACGUUUAUAUUAGACUUUUUUCUUACAAAUAUUACCUGUUUAUCCUGUCACUUGGGUGUAUUUUGGACGGAUUAAGUAUAUAGUUGGGAUUAUUAAAAAAAUUAUCGAAAGUUGAGAUUAUUUUGAGCGAACGGAGCAAAAUUGGGAUUAAUCAUGAUUAUUUUUCGUAACUAAUACGCUAUCACUAUAUUUAUUACAUGUCAAUCUACCAAAAUUAAAUAUAAUUUUGGAUUUUUAUUUGACAAGAAAUAAUGCAAUAACUCACGACAUUGUAUGAAACUAAAAAUUAGUUCAAAUGAAAUACAAGUAGCAAAAAUAAGUUAAGAGAAUUAGGUAAACACUAAAACUUGUUAUAUACAACUAGGUGUCCUGUCACCCAAGGGUAUUUUUUGUUUGUUUCGAUAAUUAUUGCUUAUUUUAUCAUCAAAUGAGUAAACAAAUAUCUUUAGGUGCACCUUACACCCGAGUGUAUAUAAAAACCUUUAAGUAAAUGCAUAUACGCCGGCGCCUUAAUUGGAAACCCAUAUCUGCAACGGCAAAAGCCAAACGGAGAAAUGACCUUUGCCCCCUUAAAUACAUUUUAAAAAAAUCUCAGUUUCAGACCACCACAUCAGUACUAUAUAACCCAGAAAAUUUCUCCAAAAUUUAAUACGUAGUACUCUUUCAAACUUCAUCUUCCUCAACGUGCUGCUAAUCCUCUUAACCCUUCCUCAACUCAAACCAAGAAAUUGCAAUUAGUCCUAGCGCUGAAAGGAUUAAAGAUUGUGAUAUUGGUGUAUGGCAAAUGCAUACCAUCACAUAGGAAGAAGAGUUGAUGUAAUUAAUCCAUACAACGUCGUGUGCUUUGUUCCUGUUUAUAAUCCGCUUCCACCUGCUUUCCUUGUUCGUAUGGAUGUUCAUCUCUCCAUUACUUUGCAUCAGUUCAUGGUUAGUGAAGGUCUGGUGCCGUCUCCUGAAGAGACAUUCAAAAGAGAAGCCAUAAUUCAGAAGCUCAAAAAGACUGUACAGGAAUGGAUUACAAAAAUUGCUCACCUGAGGAAGCUCCCUAAACAGAGAAGAAACUUAUGGAUCAACAAUGCAUCAGCUACAAUAUUAACUUAUGGAUCUUUUGGCCUUGGGGUUCAUAAUUCAGAAUCAGACAUUGAUGCUAUAUGUGUUGGCCCUCGGUUUGCUACUCUAGAAGAGGAUUUCUUUAUUGUUUUAUACAAUAUGCUUAAAAGCUCACCUGAAGUGUCUGAAAUCUACUGUGUCAAGGAUGCUAAGGUGCCAUUAAUGCGGUUUAAAUUUGAAGGGAUCUCUGUUGAUAUGCCAUAUGCUCAACUUCGAGUUAUGUCAGUUCCUGAAAAUGUGGACCUGCUGAAUCCAAUGUUCGUGACUAGUAUUGAUGAAACUAGUUUGAAAAGCUUAUCUGGUGUGUGUACUAAUCAACGCAUCCUUCAACUUGUUCCAAACUUGGAGAAUUUUCAGUCAUUGCUGCGGUGCAUCAAGUUUUGGGCCAAACAACGUGGUGUUUAUGGUAAUCUGUUUGGAUUCCUAGGAGGGAUACAUUGGGCUAUAUUAUCAGCUUUUGUGUGUCAAAUGAGUCCAGAUGCUUGCUUAAGUGCACUUGUGAUGAACUUCUUCAACACAUUUGCCAAUUGGCCCUGGCCUACACCUGUUGUUUUGCAAGAUGGAAUGAUGCACGUUGUGCAAGAUGUGACCGAGAAAGUAAAUUGGAUGCCAAUUGGUCUGCCUUGUAGCCCUAAUCAAUGGUGCCAAUCUAAUGUCACACUGAGCACGUUUAACCGAAUUAAGAAAGAAUUAUUCAGAGGGCAUGAAAUCGCCAAGGGGAUCCUGCGGCCUGAUUUCGACUGGGAUUGUUUAUUUGAACCUUAUAGUCUCAUGUACCGUCAUUUGUAUCCCCAAUUUCUUAAAAUUUACCUUUUAGCUUGUGCAAAAGAUGAAUUGGGAGAAUGGGCUGGAUGGGUGAAAUCACGUUUUCCCUCUCUCAUUUUGAAGUUAGAGGACAUCAACGUUUCCUGUGACCCCAACCCCACAGAACAUGUUGACUCUGGAGCAAGUGUAGUUUUCUACUGGGGCCUUAAUGUUGAUCAAUGUACGGGUGUCAAUGUAGCUUCACUUGAGAAGGAAUUCAGGAACUGUCUUAGUAGCUGCUACCGAGGAAAGCCAGGGAAGAUGUUACUGAGUAUCGUGCCAGCUUCAGAACUGCCCAACAUUGAACAGUUCUUUACCAGAAAAAUGAACGGAGGGAAAGCAUUCUGCGGAAUUCCUGAAUAUGAUCAGUAUAGAAUGCCUGUGUACCCGCCGAACAAUUUUGUCGGUUAUGUUGCCAGGGAAGGAGGUCAUGCUGGCGUAUUGGUUUAGGCUUGCAGUAAUUUUCUUUUCAUAAAAUGAAAUGGAGAUUAGAAAAACCAAAAGCCCCUAUUUUUGGUAGAUUCCUCUGCUAAUCAUCAGCUCUAGGUAGCGUUUGCAUCUGUGUAUGGUGAUUAAACAAUGGAUAUAUGUACAUAAAGAGGGCACAAAUUGCUCUGGAAUGUAUAGUUUAAGUGGCAAUCUACAUCUGUACUAAAAAAAAAACAAGUACAGUACAUUUAAGUCUUUGAAGAUCAACUAACAUUAGAGGAAAGAAUGAAAGAUACACUGCUGAUUGUUUUUAGCCAUGAAGCUGCUUAGUUAUCCAGUGGAUUUUUUUUUUUUUUUUUUUUUUUUUUUUUUUUUUUUUUUUUUUUUAAUUUUUUCAAAUCUUAGCAGAUUGAACUUCAUUAAAAAUACCAGUCUACGUUGUGUUUGUAAGUGACAUCAUCGACAAUAGAAUCACUUGUGGUUGGCUACCCAUUUAACAGUUAUUUUAAGUCAUUGAGCAGAAAUUUGCUA